AUGAAUCCUAGGAUGAUGGGUCCAGAUGUGACAUUCCAGGGCCCGAAUUCAGGGCUACAGGUAGGCGUCAAUAGUGGCUCGAUGACUACAAAGCUUUAUCUUCAAACAAGUCUCGAAGACAGGCUGCCUAGCGCAUAUGGCGCUGUAUUUGGCUCAUUUGUGGACCAACAUGAGCAUGAAUGCCUUCCUGGCACGAGAAAGGAUAUCCUUUCAGAAAUCAGAAAAUGGGUUUUUUCUCCAAAGGGACCAUGUGUGUUUUGGUUGAAUGGCAUGGCUGGUACCGGGAAAUCGACAAUCUCUCGAACAAUGGCAAAAUCCUUGAGCCAAUCUCAGUCACUAGGGGCGAGUUUCUUCUUUAGGAGAGGUGAUGGUGAUCGAGGCAAUGCUAUGAAGUUAUUCCCAACAAUCGCGAGGCAACUAGUAACAAGUAUACCUCAAAUGAAACCAGGCCUCCAGAAGUUAGUACGUGACAACCCAGACAUCGCGGCAAAGGGAAUGAGGGAGCAAUUUGAGAAACUUGUCCUUCAACCUCUUCAAAAUUUCCACCGAUCCGACAUUCCGAUGCAGACUAUGAUUAUAUUAAUUGACGCAUUAGACGAAUGUGAAGGAGAUGAUAACAUUCGCCUUAUACUUCAACUUCUUCCACGCCUACAAAAGAUAACUAUCUCACGUCUACGAGUGCUCUUCACGAGCCGACCUGAGCUACAGAUCCGUUUAGGGAUCUCAGAAAUUGCAAAUCAUAACUAUGCAGAACGAACUCUUCAUAGAAUCCCCAGAGAAGUGAUUACGCAUGAUAUAUCACUAUUCCUCAAUUACCGACUUUCGAAAAUUCGGCAAAAACGAAGACAUCUGCCCAGCGAUUGGCCUGGAGAUAACAAAAUCCAGAGCCUAGUGACCUUAUCCGUGCCGUCCUUCAUUUUUGCUGCUACAAUAUGCCGCAUAUUCGAAGACCCAUACUGGGAUCCCGAUGAGAGUCUCGCUGAGAUCUUACGAAAUCAAUAUGAUAGCUCUAAGCUAAAUACAACCUAUCUUCCUAUACUUGAUCGGCUCAUCAAAGGACAAAGUGAGAAACAGAUAAAGAAAAUGGCUAAAGAAUUUCAGCAAGUGGUCGGCGCAAUCGUGACACUAGAGAGUCCACUUUCAAUCAAUUCACUCUCAAAGCUUCUGGAACUUCCCAAAGGGCGUAUUAGUCUUCGACUUGACCCACUACACUCAGUCCUCAAUGUGCCAGAUGACCAAAAUAUGGCCGUAAGGCUCUUUCAUUCGUCAUUUCGGGACUUUCUUCUCGAUCCAGAAAUUCGUCAGAGAUCUCCUUUUGGGAUCAGUAAGAUAGACACACACUAUAUGCUAGCGCUUAAGUGCCUUCGUGUGUGUCGGCGAUUACGACAAAACAUUUGUGAACUACCAAGUGAUGGUACUAGACGCAAAACAGUGAAUCGCGAAACCAUUGAUCGCUGUCUUUCUCCAGAUUUACAGUACGCGUGUCUAUUUUGGACCUAUCAUCUGGUACAGUGUAUAGACUUGACUAGCCUUGUACAAGAUGCGUUUUCAUUCCUUCGAAAGCAUUUUUUGCACUGGGUAGAAGUAAUGAGCCUACUUGGACUUACGUCGGAAAUUUUGGGAAAUAUUGGCCUUCUGGAAACAAUCAUACCAAUUGAUGAGCCUUCAGCCAUAUCUGAUUUUCUUCAUGAUGCUAAGCGCUUUCUUAUGAAAUUUCACCAAAUAAUCGAUGAGGCACCCCUCCAAAUUUAUUCUGCAGGACUGAUAUUCACACCCCGAACAUCUAUCAUCCGGAGUGAAUUCGGGGCGAAGUUCCCUGCUUGGAUUUCCCGACCCCCAGAAUUUGAUAUAGGAUGGAGCGCAGAAUUACAGGGCCUUGAAGGCCAUUCGGGCCCGAUUUGGUCGGUGUCAUUUUCUCCUGAUGGCCGCUUACUAGCUUCUGGUUCCUCGGAUGGAACAGUGCGGCUUUGGGAUACGAUGACAGGUGUGCUGCAACAGACCCUUGAGGGUCACAUAGGCCCGGUCCUAUCUCUUUCAUUCUCCCCCGAUGGUCAGCUGUUAGCAACCGGGUGUGAUUCUGAUAAAAUUGUCAGAAUCUGGAAUGUGGGGACUGGCGUGCUACAACAAAGGCUUGAGGGGUCUUCCAGCUAUGUUUGGUCAGUAGCCUUUUCGCCUAAUAGCCUGAGUCGGCUACUAGCAUCAGGUUCCCUCGAUGGCGAAGUACGGCUUUGGGAUACAAUGAAAGGCACUGUAGAAAGGACCUUCAGGGGUGCUUCAGGUCCAAUUUGGUCAGUGGCCUUUUCUCCUGACGGCCAUCUACUGGCAUGUGGCUGUGAUGAUCAGACUGUAUGGCUCUGGGAUAUAGCAACAGGCACCCCACAGCAGACUCUUGGGCAUCCAGGCUCAGUUCGGUCGGUAGCCUUCUCUCCUGAUGGUCAGCUAUUAGCUUCUGGCUCCAGUAACAAAGAAGUGCGGUUCUGGAACACUGAGACAGGCGCGCUACAAAAUAUUCUCAAGGGUCACUCUAAUGUCAUCGACUCAGUGGCCUUCUCCUGUGAUGGUCGGCUCCUAGCAUCUGGCUCCUUUGAUAAGAAAGUAGGAAUGUGGGACACAAUGACAGGAGCGCUAAAGCAGACUAUCUCAGGCCAUUCUAAUUGGAUUCAUUCAGUGGCCUUCUCACCCAAUGGUCGACUACUAGCAUCCGGCUGUGGCGAUCGGAUAGUCAGGCUUUUGGAUGUGGCAACAAUAACGCUGCAGGAAAGCCGUGAGGAACAUUGGAGUGAAAUCAGGUGUGUGGCCUUCUCUGCAGAAGGUCGGCUACUAGUGUCUGGUUCUCGUGAUGGGGAACUGCAGAUCUGGAACACUGCUACGGGUGCAAUAGAGCAGACCUUCAAGGGGCAUCCUGGUAUAAUUCUAUCAGUAGCAUUCUCCCCACGCGGCCGGCUACUAGCUACUGGCUGUACGGAUCGGAAACUGCGGCUCUUGAACUCGACGACUGGUGCACUGCUGCGUAUUAUCGACGCGAAUUCGGGUUGGAUUGAAUCGGUUUCUUUUUCGCCCAAUGGCUGGCUAAUAGCGAUUGGUUGUAACGAUGGUACGGUACGGCUCUGGAACAUUGUGACAAGCACGCUGCAGCAGACCCUCCAGGGCCCUCUAUCCUCAAUUCUAGCUGUUGACUUCUCGCCCGAUAACGAAUUUAUAGCGUCUGGCUCAAGUGAUCAAACACUGCGACUCUGGCACAGAGCGACAGGUGCAGUUCAGCAGAUCUGGGAGUUUGAAGAAACAGUCACCUUCGUGAAAUUUUCUCAAGAUGGCUCGUUUCUGAGCACAAAUCUUGGUACCCUAAGUAUUCAGUCUAUAUGCGUUUUUACCGCUAAUUCUGCUUCUGUUCCAUCUCAAGUGAAUCUGGAUAUUCUCAUCGAGCACGGAGAAUGGAUGACGUUGAAUGGCAAGAAAAUACUCUGGCUUCCCAUCGAAUUUAGGCCUACUUGUUUUUCAAUGAACGGGAAUUUAAUUGCACUGGGACACAAAUCAGGGCGGGUUUCCUUCAUGGAGUUUCAUCGAUAA